CCUUUUAAAAGGUUGCUUGCUUCUUUCCCUGCAGCAUUGUUUGCUAUGGAAAUUAAAGUAAAAAAAGACAUGAAGACUGGGGAGAGCACAGUUUUGUCAACAAUACCCCUCCCUUCAGAAGAAUUUAAAGGAGCAGGAGUCAAAGUGUAUGACGAUGGCAGAAAGUCUGUCUAUGCAGUGUGUGCCAAUGGGAGCGUCAAGAAUGAUGAUGUGGAUGAUCUUGCUCCAGUUGAAGUGGAGGAUAUGUUACGACAAGCCACUGAGAAACAAUCCAAGUCUCCCACUGAAUAUCAUGAGCCAGUAUAUGCCAACCAGUUUUGCAGACCCCGAACUCCUCAAAAGAAUAAAUUCAUCCAAGAAGCGAAUGAAGGAAAAGAUAACAUCCAGAAUAAGAUCAGCCACCUUGACCAUUUUUCUAAUGAACUUGUUGAGAAGGAUAAAUGGCAUGAUAUUAAAAAAGACGCUCUAGAUACUUCAAAGAGCUGCCAGCAGAACUCUCAUUGUCCAGUUAGUCAACAAUUAGGAAGGCCCUUACAGGCUAAUCCUCAGAAUAAGCUAGGGUCUUCGGCCCAAAGAGAAGCUACUCAAGAAACUGCUCAACCAUAUCAAAAGAUGAAGGAAUACCAAGAUAAGAAGAUCAGAAACUCUUCUCCGGCAGCACUAGAGAGUGAGGAUAAUUAUAGCGUGGUCCAAGCUACCCCAUGUUACGCCGUGGAUGAUACAGAAGAACCGGUUACAAUGAUUUUCAUGGGAUACCAGCAUGUGGACGAUGAAGAACUAAAUAAAAAAAUCUGUGGGUAUGAUGGGAUUAUCCAUGCGGAACUUGUCGUCAUCAGCGAUGACAGUGAAGAAGAAGAAAAAAAAAUUGAGACACCUCGUUAUCAUCCAGUGGGUCCUUAUAGUCAGGUCUAUCAGCCAUCCAAUCAGACAUGUGCAGUUUCACAGACUAAAACUUCUGGAGACAACAUAAACAAGCCACUUUACAAAAAUUCCAUGUCACUGAAAGAACAAGAAGAAAGUUUGAGCUCUUCUACCUUUAAUGGUCAACUUGAUGGCCACUUAGCAAGUGAUGGAACAGAAGAACCUUCCUUAACAGCUCUGAGAAUGAGAAUGGCAAAGCUGGGGAAAAAAGUGAUUUAAACAGCUGCAGUGAUAUAAUACUAAAAUUCUGGCAGUUUAACAAAAGCGAAAGAAGAAUUUUCUAUGUUUUGGACCUGUGUAGCUUUUACUUAUCGUCAACUAUACAUCCAUAAUAAUGGCACUUUACAGGAAAAUGAAUGUUUGCCAGUCCUAAUAUAUGGAUACUCUGAUCCGUAAAUGAAUAUUGUUAAAACAGUGUAUUCCUCAAGGAAUUAUUAGUGGCAUUUGUUAGGAAUUUGUCAGCCUUAUUAUAUUUUAUAAGAGCUGAAGGAUCAGUGUCAUGAAUACAAUGCAUCUAGAGUUUUGUUGGAGUCUUGUCCAUCAUCUUCUCAGACUAUACCAAAACAUGAAUAUAAGAUAUAAACUGAUUUUCCAAUUCCUACUGAACUCUAUUCCAUUUCAGCAGUGUUUUUCAAAUUGGGCAAAAGCACUCUCCGUGUGUGUGUUUGAUAUUGGAAGCUGAUGACUUUAUUAUGGCUGGUGGAUAAAGCCAUUAAAGUACCCCUAAUAUUAUCAAUAGUAAUGCAUCCUACACAGGCAGCCGUAUCUCAUUUUCCUUUUGAACAUUGGAAAAUGCCCCAUUGUUUGGGAAAUGGGAAAUGGGGGGGGGGCACUCUAUCCUUCAUGUCAUUGCUUUCCAUAUUCCUAUCUAUGUUUAUUGCUCAUCUUUGGAAUUUAGCCAGUAAGGAAUCCUUGUCCCAACUGUUCUCCUUUUUGUUUCCUCUAGCCGCCUGAUAAAAAGUUUGCUUUUGAUCUGGAAUGUACAUACCUCUCCCAGUUUUUGUACCAAAUCUUGCAUUUAUCAUCAUAGUAUCUCAAUACUUAAAAGACACUCAGAAACUGGGUUAUUAAAAUAUUGCUCUGGUCAUUAGUAGCUACUUGCUUCUGAUUGCGGCUUGGCCCAGAAAUCAGAAUGUUCUGUUAUGAUAUAUGCAAGGCUUUGUUUGGUUGAGUCUGUAUGUUUGGAGAGAGUGCUUCAUAUUUGUGUUCCAAAAAAUAUUCAGUGUAUUCAGAUGUUUUGUUAAUGUUAUGUAUUUUUAAAACAUAUUUCUCUUGGAAAGAUUGGACUACUACGGACAACUUCAACAUAACUAGCUGUGGCUGUAAACCUAAUCAAUAGCACCACACAGUGUCUCAAUUGUGGAAAUGUUAUUGCAGUGUAUUGAAGAGUCCAAUCUAAAAAUACUUCAGAAGGCACUGUGCAUGUUCCCUCGAAAUGAGAGUGGCCGUACAAAGGCCAAAAUGGAAUUAAAAUGCACGUAUCCUGUGGGAAAUAUAUGAACAAUACAGUACAUUAUAUAUGAGACUACGAAGCUAUCUUUUCCCCCAAAAGGAGACUUGGUCGAAGGCUAUUUAAAAUAUACUGCUA